CGAUCUGGGUGGAGAAAGACUCAGUGCAGUCUGUGCCGUGUCCCGUGUCGAGUUCGGAACGAAACGUGCUCCCGUCACUAAAAGCCGACCCAAAACGUGAGCUGAAUAUUGAAUAGAGGGCCCGUUCAAAAUUCUACGAGGAAACUGCGAUCGACUGCAGAAAUUACUGGAAUUUCGACUGAUGAAGUCAUUGCAUGAAAUGUAAACGGUAGUGAACUUGUGACCUUCGCCCAACAAAGGGAUAAGUUGUCGUCAGUAUAUAUCUCCCGCACAGCGGAUAUGGACAACGAGGCACUAGACGGAAACAUUAGCGCUUCCCCAGCAAACUCCCGAAAAUAGAAGUGAUCUUCCCUCCCCCCCCCCCCCUCACCCACAUCCCUUUGGAGGCCGCCCUUUGCGUUGGCUUGGCACCCGGCCAUGUAACAUUUUUGUUUUCUCCAGCCGAAUCGAGCGGAUCUCCAUUCCUUUCGACCUUAAUGUUUCGACCGACAUUCCUUCAACAUUUAUCGUCACUAAAUAACAGUGAGCCUGACUACACACUCGAGGGGUCUUUGCGGUGCCGACACGCGAAACGAAAUCACGACGACCUGCUCAGCUUUUUCCGUACAGUUGAAGCUCUGCGAAUCGACGACAACGACGCGAAAACGAUACACUCGCCCCUCUUGUGUCAUCGAGACAUUUUUGCUGCGACUCUUUCCUCAAAAUGACUUCGACUGCUGCUGCUGCUGUCAGUAAAAAAGAUACCCGAUUUGCCCCAACUCCCGCCGGCAACCAACAGUUCUUUAGGCGAGAACGCAGCUUUGUCCUCCAACGACCUUCUCAGAAUGUGCCAACGGGAAAUCAUUUUCAGCAACGAGAGCGGAGUUUCAUUCGUGAUGGAAAUCGCUCAGGUGGCGGCAGCUCAUCAAAUGCUUUCCCGAAUUCCGUGGGAAGCAACAGUGGUAAAACACGCGGUGGCUCUUAUCAUAAUGGGAACAAUGGGCCAGCAGCACCGGCAUCUGCAGCCGCCGGGAGGGGCAGCAAACCGAAUAUGGAAAUCUAUCGGCCUCCAAGUAUGCGGAGUGGUGAAGUUCCAGCUGGUGGACGGGGGCAAUUCCCUCAGAACUCUACCGAUCAUCAGCCCCCACGUCUUACCAAAAGUCGAACUUCACUGGAACUCAAUAAUAAUAGCACCAGGGCAGCUAAUAAUAAAGUAGCACAGCAGGGCGCUCCAGCUGCUACCGUUACUUCAAUCACGAUACAAAAGCAACCGGUUAACGAGGCGACCGCAUCACCGGCGGGUCAGUUCGUCCUCCAAAGAUCCAAAAGUAGUGGAUCCCAUCUUACUCUGCAACAGCAAAAAGUGCCCGUACCGACUCCAGCGUCAACUAAUGCAACGCCCAAAGUCGGCAAUUCGGAAUUACCUGAUGUCAGCUCAUUUCCUGAGGCAGCUCAAAUUCUACUCAGGAAAAUCGCUGUCGAUCCAGACGGAGCCAAUAGCCGCUCUGUGAUGGAGGCUGUCAAGACCUUAUUCAAUCGAGUGAUUGAAUCAUCUCGUUAUGCGUCUUCGAUAGCUCGUUACUGCUCAUACGUCAUAGAGAAAGAAACUAAAGAAACUUUCCGCGAGAGCUUGCUCAAUACGUGUCAAGAAUCGUUCCAGGAACGUGACCGAAUCUUGAGAUCGGCAGGGGAAUCAUCCCAACGUUGGGUGGCCUUCAUUAAUUUCUUGAACGAAAUGUAUUUACAGCUGAAGCGACGCAAUUUCAACUCUAAAAUAAAAACUAGUUCAACGAGACCGUCUCCAGAUUUGAUUCUACUCUCUCUAUUGGCCGAGAGCUGCUGUGCUACACUCAGACAGCCAUCAUCGCAAUCUCUUCAAGAGCUGGAAUGUUUGUUUUUCGUUCUGACUGGCAUCGGUCGUGACGUCGAAACGGAGCUUCCUACCAAGAUGUUUGCCAUAUGGAACGCCAUUCGUGAUGCGUUCCUCGAGAUGAACGCAUUGCCUGGAGCAGCUCAACGCACUUUGCUGCAGUUGGUGGAACUGAGAGCGGCUAAAUGGCAACUACCUGCCACGGCAGUCACGUACUAUUAUCCAUCCGUCUCGGGAUCUGCCUAUUGAUGCGUUUUUAUUUGCCAUCACUGUGAUUACCACACAAAAAUAGAUCCCAUAAUGUUUUUCUUUCCCUUUAAUUACUUUUAAUUGGAUUUUGUCAACGUUUCUGUAUGAUCUAACUUUUCUCUUAGCAAUAAUGAUAUGUUCGUCUACUCGUCGUUUUGGUAUGAGAAUAAAAAUCAAGUCAUACUUA